UUUUACCGAUCACUUAUCGCCGCUCAGUAUCGAUCAGGAAGCUAGCUAUCCAACAAUUGUUGAUGAAAAGGUGUGAGCAUCACUAAUUUCGGAAAGAUUUCAAACAUUUAUUUAUUUAAAAGUGAAUAGACAUCGAAUAGAGCUUCUAGGGUAAUUAUAAUGAAAAUUGUACCCAAAUCUGGAUUGAUCAUCUACUGUUUGUUCUUCGCAUCAAUCGCAAUAUCGAAAGCGCAAUGGGCGUCUCCGCCUUUUGAGAAACCCAAUCCAAUCGACCCUUCGGUAGAUUUUGUGAGUUCCGCAGACACAAUAACCAACAUUUUCCUUGAUGAAGAAGUUGAUCAUCCAGUUUGUAUAGCACAAGUCAAUUAUAAUGGUGCGGCAAUGCCUCAACUUGGGACAUUUUCUGUCGGCCAAAGUGUCAAUCUCGGUGCGGAAUUCAGAAGAAACGAAGUCACCAGUAAAUGGGAAUUGUACAUCCUGAAGAAACAGGAUUACGAAACUUCGGCAAUGCAAGCCUACCAAUUCGAUGUUGCCAUCGGAAAUUUGCGUAGAGAUGUUGCUUUGAAUAUUAAAAAUAUCGAUGAUAAUCCUCCGGUGAUCCAAGCAGUGGAACGUACAUGUGCGAUUGAAGAAAACUACUCGGGAAGAUCUAACUGCUCAUUCCGUAUCACCGAUGUUGAUGGUUGGAUAGAUCAAAUCACGAUCACCUUCACAUCAAUUCCGGAAUCAGGCUCACAGAACUUUGAGUUCGUUCGUGAACCGAUUCCCGGGAAUGACUACGCGAUGAACGGUUAUUUGAACGUGACAAAUUCUCUGGAUUAUGAAAAAUUUACGACGUAUACACUACAAUUUGAGGCUAAAGAUGGUGCGAAUAACGAAGGGAAUUUAUUGAAUGCAGUUCAGGUAAUCGACAUGCCUGAUGAACCUCCCGUGUGGAGCAGUCUUGCUGCCUCGCAAUCCAUAAUAGAAAAAAGCCUUCACACGUUCUCAGUCUUGGCGUUCGAUGGAGAUAUUCAGAUAAAUGCAGAGAUCAAUUAUAGAAUAGAACCUGAAAAUUCGAAGGAAAGAGAUUUAUUCUCUGUUGAAACGAACACAGGAAAUAUCACGAUCAAUUCCAUUGAUCGGGAUACCUUGAAGAAGGAAGUCUUCAGGUUUUCUGUGAUUGCUUAUGAGAAGGAGAAUCUCACGUCGAAGAUUGAAGCUACAAUAGUAGUAAUUGUGGAGGAUUUGAACGAUCACAGCCCCGAGAUAGCCCCUGAAAAAUUGAAGAUAGAAAUCGAAGAAGAAAAAUACGUGACCUUGAACUUUUCCAAAUCCAUUGUCAUUACGGAUCCAGAUCUCGCUGAAAAUGGUCAAUACUCAGUCAGGCUGAUUGAUAAGUCAAUGCACCACUGGAGCUCUGCCUUCAUGAUCGUGCCAAACAGCGGAUACCAAUCAGGAACCUUCACUAUUUCAGUCGUGAACGCCACCUUGCUCGAUUAUGAAGACGAAAAUUGGAGAAACAUGGAGAUUGAAAUCGAAGCGACAGAAGUCGCUAACAAAUCGCACAUUGGCAGGCGAAUCGUCACCAUCAACUUAAUCGACUUGAACGACGAGUACCCGAUUUUUGAAAAUAGUGCUGUCGAAGUUCAUGUCCCGGAGGACGCACCGAGGGGACAUCUGAUAGCCAUCAUGUUGGCGACAGACAGGGAUGCAGGGGAUAGGGUCAUCCAUCAGUUGAGCUCACAGACAGGUUUGUCCAUUAAUGAAACUACUGGAGCAAUCUCAACAGCGCUCGAGAAUGCCCUGGAUUACGAGACGAUGUCGAUCGUUAUUGUCCAAGUGGUGGCUUCAGAUCUUGCGGAUCAUAAAGCGUAUGCGACGUUGACGAUCAACGUAACUGAUGUCAAUGAUGUACCUCCGAAGCUCAUACUGCCGACAGAUGUCCCUUCGUUAAUUGAAGAAGUACCUGCGGGUACAGCCAUUGGAGUCAUCAUCAAAGCGAGUGAUGUGGACACCGAUGCAGAUCUCAUGUUUAAUAUCGACUGGGACAAAACGACAGCUCAAAAAAGUGGAGUUCCGGUUAAUGAAACUCGUUAUCGAGGUUGCUUAAUGAUAAAUGCAACGUAUCCCGAAGGACAUCAUCGUUUGGUAGAAGGUGAAAUCAUUGUUGCAGGUAGAAUUGAUUACGAAAAGUUCGAUGUUAUCCAUUUGAGUAUUAAAGCGACAGAUACUAAGACCGUUCAUAACGAGAAUUCAACUUCAGCUUCAUUGACUCUGAAGAUUACAGAUAUCAAUGACAACUCACCGGUUUUCAAUGAAGUUAAAGCUCUUCGAGUCACUGAGAACGCUAUCACGGAUAUUUUGAUCGGCUCUGUGACAGCUACAGAUGCGGACGGACCUGAGUUCAAUCAGAUUUCUUAUUCGAUCAAAGCCAUCAACAAUACCGAGGAUCAUCUCGUCAGUAUCGAUUCAAAAACCGGUGAAAUCAAAGUGGAAUCUAAUGAGACAAUUGAUGCAGAGAAAUCUGAAUAUAUCUAUUAUGAAGUCAUUGCAUCGGAUGGCGAAAAUAAUACGACCCUCCCGCUUUCAAUAUACGUCAUCGAUGUGAACGACGAAGUUCCUUAUCUCCUCGGAGAUAAAUUCAAUUCUACAAUUCACAUCUUAGAAAAAUCUGUGAGUGGAACAGAAGUUGUUACUGUUUACGGAAAAGAUAAUGAUCGGACUAGUCCUUACAACAACGUCUCGUACCUGAUUAACGAGAAUUAUCCCGCGCUGUUUCAAUAUUUCGAGCUAAGCAAGUUCGACGGAAUUCUUCGAGUUCAUUUGACUGACGGCUAUAUUUUGGAUCGCGACAGAGGACCGGCUCGUUACACCGUGAACCUGAAAUUGAGGGACAAUUAUCUUCAGACUGACGUCACCUGGAAUACGAACGCGAUUGACACAGAAAUCAUAGUGAUUCUGGACGAUAUAAAUGACCAAAUCCCGGAAUUGCCGGAUUUGGGAAAUCCAGCGAAGGAGGUCAAUGAGAAUGAGAAGAAGAACUCGAGAAUUCUGAGGAUUGAAGCAAUCGAUAGAGACGAUGCUGCAACCGAAAACACCAAAGUGUCUUAUAAACUUUUGAGCAGUUCCCUGGUGGACGGAAGCAGUGAAAUUGAAAAGAACUGUGAGAAUAUAUUCAGUUUGGGGGCGGAAGAAUCGAAGGGAGCAAUUAUCUCAGCUGCCCGUGACCUGAAGGGCUGCUACGGUACGUGGGCUGUUAAAAUAUAUGCCCAAGACCACGGAACGUUCCCAGGACCCUUGAAUGACACGAGAAUCUACAACAUCACGGUUACUGAUUAUAACUACAAUUACCCAAUGAUUAAAUUCCCGGCCUCGGGUAAAAGUAUCGCCCUGAGUAUGGAUCAGACGAUUCACUCGAAGCUGAAGACUUACGACAAGCAACCGCUGGCGGAGUUCAAAGCCACUGACGAUGAUUUCGGAGCCAGUGGAACUGUAACCUUUUCAGUAUCAAGUCAAACUGGAGAAGAUUACUUCGAAAUCAUUGAAACUGGGAAGAACGCAGCUCAGCUACAACUGAAGAAAUGGCCGAGCGAUAUCGAACAGAAUGGUCAAUAUACGAUAACUCUCACAGCCAAGGACAAUGGAGAUCCGCCUCUGGAAGUUUCUCAAGAAAACAAGCUCAUUUUCGUUUCAGCUCGAGGACCGGAGUUUGAUAUAAAUGAUUGGGAGAUCUGGGUGAAAGAGAACAAGACAGGCUUAGAUUAUUGGACGGUAAUCCCCGCAGCCUUCGAUAAAAUCAAUGAUGACGGAUCAAAUACUGUACCGAUCUACUAUUUCAUUGACAACAAAAUUGGAGAUUUUGAAUACUUUACUCUGGACAAGACAACACGAAACCUCACAGUUGCACAAGAGUUGGAUCGUGAGGUACAGAGCGAGAUGAUGAUAUCAGUGAUUACGACUGCUGAUAGCGACGGACCUCCUCGAGAUCCUCGCUCCAAAGCUGUUCUAAAUAUUUCUGUCAUUGUUCUUGAUGAGAACGACAACGCUCCAGUGUUCAAGAGUCACUUAUACUCUGGUGGCGUCGCUGUUGAAGAUGUUCUUGACAAAGUUAUUUUGACGGUCGAAGCUACAGAUGUUGAUCUGAAUGAUACUAUUAGGUAUUCGCUAGUGGAGAAUAGCUUGUCGACGACAGACUCCUCGAUUGCUACGGUAGAAAAUCCAUUUUUCCUGGACACUUUUACAGGAAAUCUUCUGCUGAAGUUCUCAGCGACCAGCAACAUGGCCGGCUUCUUCAAAUUCGAAAUCGCUGCUUACGAUGCAGCGGAGCAUUCCGACAGAACGACAAUUCAAAUUUACAUAAUUUCCCAGAGUAAUAGAGUUGUCUUCACAUUCCGGAAUAAUGCUGCACUCGUCAGUCAAGAGAAGCUGUUCGUAAUCGAUGUAUUUUCGAAGACCUUCAAAUACAUCUGCAAUGUUGAUGAUAUUAAGAGCAGCGUCGAUUCGAAUAAUCAUGUGAUGGAUAAUGUUACGACCUUGACAACUCACUUUAUCGACUCCAAGGAUAAUCUUCCUAUCGCUGCUGAUGCUAUUAUCUUAGCUUCUAGUGAUCUCCAAACGGUCACGAAUUUGAAAGCCAAUCUUCAAGCUAGAGGACUUUAUCUCAGUGAUGUCCCUACCGGAAGCAUUCCUGCGGAUUCAAAUAAUGAGGAUAGGACUUUCUGGACUUUGCUCUCGUUGACGAUCAUUUUUGGAAUCAGCACCAUCGCACUGUUUGUGAUUCAUGUCAUCAGGACGAAACAGCUUACCCAGAGACUCGAUAAAAUGGCGGUGGAUUGGAAGACCGGAGAGGACGACUUUGGAAAAGAGAAGAAUGGAAUAGUUCCAACAACUAAUCAAUUUGCCAUGGCUGGAUCGAAUCCCAUUUGGAACAGUUCCAAGAAGGCUGAGGACUUUGGUGAUAAUGUCAGCUAUCGAAGUGGUGACUCUGAUUUAAUCGGCAUCGAAGACAAUCCCGAUUUCGGUUAUGUAAAUACCGCAUUCGUGACGGAAAAAUCAGCUGAUAUAAAUCAAUUGGACAAUGCCAUGCGGAUUUCUCAACAACCGCCAGUUUUUUCCUUCGAUUCGACUUACAACAACGGGAGAAGUCAUGAAGACAAGUGUUGAAUCAAGACAGUGAAUUAUAACUAGUGUGAUUUUUAUUUAUGAAAAAUAUAUAUUUGACAAUUUGUUAAAGAA